AUGAACAAGCGCUUGUUCUUGAGAAUUGUGCAUCGUCUCUCUACAGAAGUUGAAUAUUUUCGUCUAACUGAAGAUGCCCUCGGACGGUCGAGUCUAACUCCGCUCCAAAAAUGUACCGCAGCAAUUCGUCAAUUGGCCUAUGGUAGUGCCUCUGAUGCAGUUGACGAGUAUGUACGACUUGCUGAAACAACGGCUCAACACUGUUUGCACAAUUUCACAGCCGGGAUAAUCGACUUAUUUGGCGAUCAAUACCUAAGACGUCCCACACCGGAGGAUCUACAAAGACUACUGCUAAAGGGUGAAGAACGUGGAUUUCCCGGGAUGAUUGGAAGCAUUGACUGUAUGCAUUGGGAGUGGAAGAACUGCCCCACCGCUUGGAAAGGGAUGUAUUCUCGAGGAUCCGGAAAACCAACAAUUGUGUUGGAGGCGGUUGCUUCGUAUGACCUUUGGAUAUGGCACUCAUUUUUUGGAGCUCCAGGUACUAUGAACGAUCUCAAUAUUCUUGAUAGAUCACCUGUUUUUGAUGAUAUAAUUAAUGGAGAAGCUCCCGAAGUUAAUUUCUAUGUCAACGGAAGAGAGUACAAUUUGGCUUACUAUCUGACGGAUGGUAUUUAUCCAAAGUGGGCGACUUUUAUUCAAUCAAUCCGACUACCACAGACUCCAAAACAUUCAAAAUUUGCUACAACCCAAGAAUCCGUUCGAAAAGAUGUUGAGCGUGCCUUUGGAGUCCUCCAAUCUAGGUUCGCCAUUGUUAAAAAUCCAUCUAAAUUAUGA